UCUCUCAUUGGGCAAGAAACUAAUCCGGAUCAUUUAAGAAACAUUCCAGCAGGUCGCCCCGCCUCUGCCGAGCACUCUGCAGCCCCCCCCAGGAUCCGAGACGGGAGGAGGACUGUUGCCCAGCGGCCUCCCCUCCACACCCAGUGCGCACUAUAUCAGGGGGAGGCGGACAGGGCUGCACUGCAGUCUCCUGAAUCUCCAGGCUCAGGUGCUCCAGUAGCGGUUCAGGGAUUCGGCAGCUCUUCCUCUCCUCCUCACCAGCAGCAUGUCCAUGUACAGAAUGAGCAGUGGCCCGCGCUCCAGCACGGUGACCACCAAGCGGGUCAGCAUGGUGUCCUCCGCGCCCAAGGCCCUCAGCAUGUACGGAGGCCUGGGGGACAGGGCCCGCAUCUCCGCCUCCUCUGCCCGCUCCGUGUCCUCGGGAUUCGGAGCAGGCUACGGGAGCGCGGGAGGGGGCUUCGGUUCCGGAGGCAGCUUCGGCUUUGGAGGAGGCUUCAGUUCAGGUGGCGGCUACGGUUCUGGUGGCGGCUACGGUUCUGGUGGCGGCUACGGUUCUGGAGGCGGCUUCAGCCUGUCCAACUCCCGGGACUCCGACCCGGUGUCUCUGAACGAGAAGGCCACCAUGCAGAACCUGAACGACCGCCUGGCCAGCUACCUGGAUAAGGUGCGCUCGCUGGAGGCCGCCAACGGCGAGCUGGAGCUGAAGAUCCGGGAGUUCUACGAGAAGAAGGGACCCGCUGCCGAGCGUGACUACAGCCCCUACUGGAAGACCAUCAACGACCUGAAAGACAAGAUCGCCGAUGCCACCAUCGACAAUGCCAAGAUCCUCCUGCAGAUUGACAACUCCAAGCUGGCAGCUGACGACUUCAGGACCAAGUACGAGCACGAGCUCAUGAUGAGGCAGUCGGUGGAGGCUGACAUCGCCAACCUGCGCCGCCUGCUGGACCAGACCACCCUCACCAAGGCUGACCUGGAGAUGCAGAUCGAGAGCCUGAAGGAUGAGCUGGCCUACCUCAGGAAGAACCACGAGGAGGAGCUGGCAGCGAUGCGCUCUCAGCUGGGCGGCACAGUCAACGUGGAGGUGGACGCGGCGCCACAGCAGGACCUGAACAAGGUGCUGGAUGAGAUCCGGGCGCAGUACGAGGGCAUCGCCGAGAAGAGUCGCCGGGACGCCGAGGCCUGGUUCACCGAUAAGUCGGCCGCCCUGUCCAAGGAGGUGGCGCAGAGCACAGAGGUCAUCCAGACCACCAAGACAGAGAUCACCGACCUGAGGCGCACUCUGCAGGGCCUGGAGGUCGAGCUGCAGUCACAGCUCAGCAUGAAACAAGCGAUGGAGAACACGCUGGGAGAGACAGAGGGGCGCUACAGCAACAUGCUGGCCAGCUACCAGAACACCAUCAACAUGCUGGAGACGGAGCUGGGGCAGGUGCGCGUGGACACCGAGCGGCAGUCCAGCGAGUACCAGCUGCUGCUGGACAUCAAGUCACGGCUGGAGCAGGAGAUCGCCACCUACCGCAAGCUGCUGGAGACCGAGGAGACCAGGACUUCUUCUGGAAAGGAGGGAAGUGUAACAACAACGACUGUCACCACCCGCACCUAAAGCCUGGGACAGACGUGAGACAGAUCAGCACUCAGCACUGCAGAGACAGACAGCAGCAAUCCCCCAACUCGGCCCCCCUCCUUCUGCCUGACACCCAUCCCUGGAAACCAACAGCGUCCCCCUCUGCUCCACGCCUGUGUCCGCACGAGAAAACACGAGUCCGGCCGGACCCUCCUCUCUCUCGGGGAGAGGUGGAGGCAAACUUCGAUGACAGCUCGGGCUCGGGGUCCCUCAGUUCCAGCGCGGGGUGAUCAAGACCACGCCCCCAGUUCAGGCCACCCCGAGAGGCCAGACCGGACACUGCCGGUCUCCACACUGCUCCCCUCCCAGCUUCUCCCUCCCUGUGUAAACUCCCUGUCUCUGAAAAUAAAGUUUUGGUUGUGAAAAAUAGAAA